GCGCUAUGAUGUCGAGAUCCCUUUCGGUGCCUAGCAGCAGCAGGGAUCAUGCAGCAGCUGAUGGAACUGGCACGAACCCGUUCUACAGUGAGCGGCUGCAGCAGGAGAUAGCGCUUCAUGAAAGAAGGCCAAAGCAUCUUCCUGCAGAUGAUGAAGGGCGAGUUCCGCCAGUGCAAGAUGGAAGGCCACCAACUGGGAAGGGUCGUGGCGGGGAUGGAACUGGUUUGUUUGCAACACCCCCAAGCCUGGAAAGACCUACAGUGUUUGGCCAGCAACCAACUGGGAUGCAAUCUCAAGGGGCUAUGCCAAUGGACGGGCCACUGCGUGGAAGAAUGGGUGAUCCGGGUUGGAAGCCCACAAAUGAAAAGUCUCUCUCACCCCAAGACGCGAAAAGUGCAUGGUUGGAGAGAGAGGUGAACUCUUUGAAAAAGGUUUUGGAAAAAGUAGCAACUGAUGGAAACAGUUUUGAAAUUUCCAAAGCAUGGCCAUUGAAAGAGGGUCAACAGUUUUGGUCGUCUGGAAUGCCACCGAUGCCUGUCGAAGCACCGUCACUGGAGCAGCGGCGUUUGUUGCAUGGUGAACUUGUUCAUGGAGAUCGGGCUUCUUUGCAGGGCGCUUCAACACUGCAUGGCACUGUGCUUGGUGAACCUCAACUUCAAGCUCGGGCUUUGCAUGGCGUUGGGCAGAGUGUGCAUGGCGAUGGAGCUCUUCAUGAUCGGGCAUUGCAUGGUGCUGCGCUUGGCGAUGGAGCUCUUCAUGGUCGGGCUUUGCAUGGCACGGUUCUUGGCGAUGGAGCUCUUCAAGGUCGGGCUUUGCAUGGCACGGUUCUUGGUGAUGGAGCACUUCAUGAUCGGGCUUUGCAUGGGCUACGGCGAUCCCUGGGCUUCAAGAUCCUCUUCAACAAGGGCAUCCUCUUCAAGGAGCACAAGGGCAAGGAACUAUGGGUGUUGCACCAAUGCCAACAUCAUGGGAAUCUGCUGGUGGAGGUAGUGGCGGAAAGUUGGAGUUGCCAACGUUGCCAAAUGGACGUGGAAAUCAAAAUGCAGCUGCAGCAAACAACAAAGCGGCUGUCAAGCAAGCUUCAGUUGGAAAAGGUCAUGAUGGUGGAGUUGCAAGCUCAACAACUGAUCAAACCUCUUCUAGUACAAGCGCUGAUGGUCCAGGACUGGGUGCUGAGAGACCACAUGUGCCAUCUCUACACAAAAGCUGGAGAAAAGAUUGAUGUGGAACUUCACAAUGGAUGUCCCUACGUUGCUCAUGAAUUUGGAGCAAAGCUGCUGACGGUGUUGGAACAGCAUCAAAUUCAACAAGAGCUGAAAAAGAUGACCUUGAAGUCUAUCUUGACAAGAGGGGCUGCCGGUCUUGGCAACAACAUGAGCAUUGAAAUGGCGAUGCUUGUCAAGCUCAAGGAGGUCAUGCCGACUUUGCCUGAAGAUUUGGCGUUGAAGCUGGUCCCAGAUCUUUCAGUGCUCACGGACCCAAACAUCGGCUUGAACAUUCCAUGGAAUCGCAGAAAGCGAAAAAGACUCAUGAUGGCAAAGAAUGUGAUCAUCCACAUGUACAGUGGACCUGAUGCUUCUUACUGGGAGCGGCGUUUGUCAAAUGAGCACACUGAGGUGCUGUGCGUGCACUUGGAAGCCUCAACACCUUCAAAUGCUUUGGAUGAAACAACCUUUGCGUUUUUGCUUUCCUUGUGCGCCAGCAAACGUGUUAAAGCUCUACUUGGUGGUCCUCCAUGCAGAACAACAAGUGCUCUCAGGUUUCAAAAAGAUGAUGGUCCACCAAUUCUUCGAACAGAAGAUCACCCAUAUGGUUUGCCAUCAUUGACUCCACAACAAGCUGAAUUGGUCACCAAUGACUCAAUUCUGUGGCUUCGGUUGAUGCUGAUGUACAUCCUCUGCGAAGAAGUGCGUCCAAAAGAACAAGCUCAAAGUGCAUUUCUUUGUGAACAGCCUCAAGACCCAGCGGAAUACCGCAAGAAGGAGGAUGUGGAUGAGCACCAGUACUUUUCAAUGUGGAGAACUCAGGAAUGGAAAAGCUUCCAAGAAGCCUACAACGCCAAGCUGAUCUCCUUUGAUCAAGGGCUGCAGUUGCUGAAGCAAUCAGCAGAUGGAUUCGCCGUGAAGCGCCUCCACGUGAAGGACCUGAAGAUCAUACUGGCGUUGUUUACGCCGAUGACGAUGUCCGACCUGUUGGUGAAGAUCACCCAUUGCCUGGCCUUGAUGACCCUGAACUCUCUGGUGAUCCUCAAGAACAACAACCUGGAGAUGGUCAACCACCUCAACAACAUGUUGAACGAGAUCAACAACAAGCGAGCCAUGAAGCUCAACAUGAACAAGGUCUUCCUGCAGGUGUUGCACAAGAUGAACCUGAUCCUCUCCAAGAAGAAUCGGCCCGAAGACCCUGAAAUACGUGCUGCUCAAGUGCGAAGCCAUGGCAGCAGAGAACGGGUUCAUGCUGGUGCAGCUUCUGCAAUGAGUUUUUUGGUGGGGCAGACUCUUUUGGCCGAAGCCGAAGCUUUGGAAAUCAAGGGAGAACAAGAUGAAGCGGAUCCACUUUGGAUUGCUGCGGUGGUUUUGAUGCCCUGGCUGCUGUUGCGCGGAUCUCCCAGAGCGCUGCUGCUGGCGAUGGCAUUGAGCAUGCGCUGA